AUGAGCCCGGCCAUGCCACGGAUAUCCUGGGCCAGGGGUCUCCAGUCCCUACACCGCGCGACCUCGACAACCUCACGGCGGACCGCCAGCGGCAGCGCCCUCGCCGCCCGUCACAUCUCGACCACGCCCGCGCCGAGCAGCAGCAAAAACACCGAGUGGGUGCGCAGCAAGCUUUGGAAGGACGGCGAGGCCCCCGGUGCCGCCGACCCCUACACACAGCGUCCCGACGACGUGCCCGCGGACUCGGCCGUCACGCGGCUGCCGUCCGCCGCGGCCCUCCAGGGCGCCGCUCCGACCGACCGGCGACCCCUGGGGGUGCGCCACUCACGGCUGCCGUUCCCGGCUGGCCGCAAUGAGGCUGCGACGCCCAAGGAGGUGGGUGCCACGGACCCGGCAUACGAGCCGGCCACGACGCUCGAGGAGCUGGCGGACGGGGGCACCACCCUGAGCGAGUGGUGGGAGCAGCCAGGCCACUGGAGCGAGCUGGACCAGUUCACGGCCUUUGCCUGCCCGGUAAAGGUCACGGACAAGGCGGCCAUCGAGGUCUACUACCGCCGGGCACUGGUGGAGGUUCUCGCCCUACAGGAAACAGGCGCGCUGGGCGAAUGGGCUACGCGCAAGUGGGCGGAGGGCUCGCGUGACGACUUGGAUGCGGCGCUUGCCGUGGAAAUUGUGGCCCAGGACGGCACUGCUGUGCUCAAGGGUGACGUGGCUGCUGUUGCCAGUAGCCUGCAACAAACGCCCGAUGCUACGACGGAGGGCACGCGGCCAGAAAGAGUCUCGAGUGAAGAAGCUGCGGAGAUGGUCCAGGCGUGGGGUCGAUCAUGGAAGAGCAUCGCCGUCAAUGAUCAGAUGAAGUUUGCCCUUCGCAAACGAAUCUACCAGCUCACCGGCAAUAUGGUGCCAGACGCGAAGCUCGGCGCCGCGACUACGGUCGGGCACCUCGUUGUCCUGACCGCCAAGCAGCCCAAGGUACAGCGCCUGGCCGAGAUCCUGCAAAAGUCCGAGAAGCUGAAGCAGCUGGCCAACGUCAAGUUGCACGACCGUCGCGUCAGCUCCAUUGACAAGGAGGUGGCCGUCGGCCGCUGGAAGCUGAUUGAGGCGGAGCUGAUCAAGAGAGAUCUGCCCGUCACGGGCCUGGCCGGCCUGUCGAGGAACAGGGAGCAAGAGCGCCUCCUGGGCAGGAUUUAG